UAGGCUUUUCUACAAGGCGGAAGUGAAGGCCGGAGCCUGGGAUGAGGAGCUGCGAAAGUGAAACGGCUUGGAAAAAAAUACAAAAUAGUAUAAUUUAGAGGAAGCUGUUUAGGUGAAACACGCACGGGACAUACGUUUGUGUUUUACAUUGUAUUUCUUUACGACUGCAAGACAAGCCUAACCCAACUGGACCUGAGCCGGGCCUGAAACCUGCCCGAACUGACCCAGCCAAGCCGAUCCCAGGCCCAGCCUCAGCCCUUCUCUUCCGUGGUAACCCCUGCACACAAGCCCAUGGCAAGUCGGGGAGGCCCGGCACGGACCAACGGCACGACGGCGGGCAACAAGAUCUGCCAGUUCAAGCUGGUGCUGCUGGGGGAGUCGGCGGUGGGCAAGUCCAGCUUGGUGUUACGCUUCGUCAAGGGCCAGUUUCACGAGUACCAGGAGAGCACCAUCGGAGCCGCCUUCCUCACACAGACGGUUUGCUUGGACGACACGACGGUAAAGUUCGAGAUCUGGGACACAGCCGGCCAGGAGCGGUACCACAGCUUGGCACCCAUGUACUACAGAGGAGCUCAGGCGGCCAUUGUGGUGUAUGACAUCACCAACACAGACACGUUUGCGCGUGCAAAGAAUUGGGUGAAGGAGCUCCAGCGACAAGCCAGCCCCAACAUCGUCAUCGCACUGGCUGGAAACAAAGCCGACCUGUCCAAUAAGAGGGCCGUGGAGUUCCAGGAAGCACAAGCGUACGCAGAUGACAACAGUUUGCUGUUCAUGGAGACUUCAGCCAAAACUGCCAUGAACGUCAAUGAAAUUUUCAUGGCCAUAGCCAAGAAGCUGCCGAAGCACGAGCCGCAGAGCGGGGCAGCGAGUAGCCGGGGGAACAGGCCCGUUGUAAAUCUGCAGGACGCCACGCCGCAAGCCACGGAGGGUUCGUGCUGCAAGUAACGAGCGUCCAAGAAACAGGGCGGGCCGCUAAUCAGCAGACGAACCAAUGACCAUCAACCAAAACCACCCAAAGCAAAAUCAUCUGGAGAAAUACAGGAAUGAUUCUGACCAAUCACACACUGAAGCUAGCUUUCCCUUCCCCUAUGUUUCUAAAACUGGAGUUGGGGGAGUUGUUGAAAGGCUCUUGUCUGUUUUCACUCACUCUCAGUACUAAUUCAGUCAUGUCUUAUGUCACUUUUUAAAUCCUUAUCGUCCUUUCAGGUGGUGGGUACAAGUAGCAUUUUACAUUUUCACCCUGUGUGUCCCAUAAAUACCGCUCCCACCAAAACCGGGGAGUGGAGAGAGGUCUCUUCAUCCUUGAUCUGGUUAUUAUAUUGUUGUUUUUUUUUUGUUUAUACUGUUUUAACACAGGAUAAACAUCAUUAUGGCUUCUGUUAAUUUAUAUAAAGGAUAUCCAAGUAUAUAUAGCGUGUAUUGUCAUCAUUACGCUUGUGAUUUUUAAUUUUUUUUUCUUGUUUGUUUUGAAGCAUUAAUGUUUUUGGAUCUAAAAAUAAGACACAAUUACAAAAGAAAAACAUAAGAAAUAUGGAAACCUGACCAAAAUUGGAACCUGGAAAUUUUCAUGACCAAAAUCACAAUGAUUGUUGAAAAGUGUUGAAUUUGCAUUGUACAUGUUUUUUUUCCGUCUUCCUCAGGCAUGUAACCAAUCAGUACUUGUAUCAAUACAAUGCCUUCCCAAUAUAAUACACCUUUGUCAUCUCUUUGUGUUGGAUUUUUUUUAAUGGAUAUCAUUUUCUAUGGAAGGUUUACAGUGUUGAGUCCACUAAUUGUCAGUCACUUGUCACUUUUCAGACGCGUUUUCUUUUUAAUAAUUUGGGAGGUAUUAUUUUUUUUACCAGUGUUUGCUGUCGCUGGUGAUUUUAUCGAGGGCAGUAACGAAUUGGAGCGACGUCUUUCCAUUACUGGGAGGGGGAUUUGUCAUUAGGUGGGUGGCACACUGAGAUCUGCCUGUAUAUGAGAGGAGAGGUGUCCCAUCGUAUUGGGGUGGGUUUCUAAUUCUUUUAUUAAUAAAUGUUGGGGGAGGUA